AUGCAAGAAGCAAAUAAAUUUUAUUCAGACUAUGGAAAAAGAUGUGGUUUUGGCAUACAAACAAGAACUUCUAAAAAAGACGACAAUAACGAAGAGUUAAGAUUGGUUUGUUCAAGGGAAGGUAAAUAUGUUUCGAGCAUUCGUCCAGAAGUGAAAACUCUGCCCAGUCAGACUAAUCAAUGCCCUGCUGGAGUAACAAUUACCCGUAAAGAUGACAAAUGGUUUGUAAGGAUUGUAGUUCUAGACCAUAAUCAUGAGCUUUGUCCACAAACCUCAAAUCUAAUUCGUGCCAAUAGAAAAUUGAACAUGCAUGCGAAGCACACAUUGGAAGUGAAUGAUGAUGUGGAUGUGCGCAUUAAUAAGAGUUUUCUUAGCAUGGUUGGUGAAGCUGGUGGAUAUGAAAAUAUGCAAUUUAUGGAGCGAGAUGCUAGGAACUUCAUCGGUCAACAUAGAAGAUCACUGUGUAAGGAGGGUGAUAGUCAAGUGCUGCUACGUCACUUUUAA